AUGAUGAUAGUAAUCACAAUAGUCUUUUUAAACACGGCACUAGUCAAUGCCGAGUAUAAAGAUGUGAAUUAUACUACUGAUACAACUAUUCCGGGUCUGGAGUACCUUGGAUGCGGUUAUAAUGCAGCUGGUUCUGUAGAUUGCAAAGAGUCUGACAAUUGUGGAAUAGACUUGAAUUUCAAGAAUCCAGUUUUGCGGUUUGAGUGGGAGAAUGGAAUACAAAAUUUGAACAAUACCCUGGAAUGGGUCCACCCAAAGAACACUUACAUUUGGAAUUACCCAAAUUGUUUUUUUGCAGAGCAUACUUCACAAAAAUCAAGUGCUUCUAGCUUAUCGAAAUUGGUGGAUUCUAAUUUGUCCGUGGACCUGAUAAAUUUGAAUGGGAAUGUUACUUCCGAAAAGAACUCGUUGGAUAAGGCCCAAAGCCAACGUAGACUAAAGGAAGCAUAUUGCUCGGUGUUUGUAGCUGGAACGUUUUUGAACGAAUAUAGGUGA